UGAAUUGUACGGUGUCGUCAGUUCCGUAAAGCGUUCCUUCUGGUUUCAUUAAAGAAAAUAAGAUAGAUACGAAGACAAACGCAGUAAGAACAAGGCUUUACCCGACUAUGGCAUCAACAUAUUCUUAAACUAGAGCACUACGUUGUUUCCCACGGGCAUUUUUUUGUUCCCCCUCGGACUGACCACAGACACAAUAGUCUCCUCUAAGCCGCGCGCAUAAACCGGGAUGCACUGCCGUUAGCCCGUUUUAUUAGCUCGCUCGCUAGCUUUCCCCCCCCAACUGCUCUGUUUUUAACGACGGGACCAAGCAUACCACAUAGUGCAUUAUGACAGACAGCAUUAUGAGUAAAGCUGCCACAAUGGAGAUUCCUAUCAACAGUAACGGUGACACAGGGACCCUCCCAGAAGAUGACAGCCUUGAACAGGCUGCACAACUGCAGUGGAGCUUAGAUGAGAAGGUAGGGAGCUCCAGAGGCACCAGGGACCUGCAGCAGGUGAUGGUAUCGGGUCCCAAUCUCAACGAGACAAGCAUUGUAUCGGGCGGUUAUGGAGGAACAGCGGAGGGAAUCAUCCCCACCAGCUCAAUCAAAGACCUGCGCGCGAAGGCCAGGCGAAGUAGCGUUCCCCCAAGCAGUUCUAUCCUCUGCCGCAUAGCGAGCCAAUCAAAUGAGCACCAAGGUUCCAACAUGCACCACAGCAGCAGCAGCUCGUCAAUGGUGGCAGACGACGCGACCCGCGGCGUGGCUGUGGAGAAGCUAGAAACGAUGAAGAAGUGGGGUCUCAACACCUACAAGUGUACGAAGCAAAUGAUCUCAGAGCGUUUCGGUCGGGGUUCCCGGACUGUGGACCUGGAGCUCGAGGCCCAGAUUGAGGUGCUGAGAGACACUAAAAAGAAAUAUGAGAAUGUGCUGCGAUUGGCCAGAGCGCUCACCAACCACUUCUACAACAUGGUGCAGACCCAGCAUGCACUGGGGGACACCUUUGCUGACCUCAGUCAGAAAUCUCCAGAGCUGCGGGAUGAGUUUGGCUACAAUGCAGAGACUCAAAAGUUGCUGUGUAAGAAUGGGGAGACUCUACUUGGUGCCGUUAACUUCUUUGUGUCAAGCAUCAACACACUGGUCAACAAGACCAUGGACGACACCCUCAUGACAAUCAAGAUGUAUGAAAAUGCAAGACUGGAGUUUGAUGCCUACCGGUCAGACCUGGAGGAACUGAGUCUGGGACCGAGGGACGCUGUUGCCAUGGCCCGCAUAGAUGCUGCUCAGGAACAGUACCAAGUCCAGAAGGACAAGUAUGAACACCUCCGCUCAGACGUCAUCAUUAAACUCAAGUUCCUGGAGGAGAAUAAGGUGAAGGUGAUGCAUAAGCAGCUCCUCCUCUUCCACAACGCCAUCUCGGCGUACUUUGCUGGCAACCAGCAGCAGCUGGAGCAGACGCUGAAGCAGUUCAACAUAAAGUUGAGGCCUCCGGGGGCCGACAAGCCCUCCUGGUUGGAGGAGCAGUGAGAAGGUUUUUACUGGAUCUCCUGCAGCCUCCUUCUCAACCACCUCCACCUGCUACCUGUCGAAACCCCCCAACUUACAGAGGACCACUACAGAGGGAAACGCAUACAUUGUAAUUGGGUGGAUUGAGAUGUGAGAUGAGCGUGUGGCUGGAUGAUUGGACAGAUGGACUGCAGGGUAUUAUUGAUGAGUGGGCAAAAUGCAGCAGGGAACCAAGCGGCCAGUGUCAUGAACAGUCAGGGGGCUUUCAGUGCCUCUUCCCAACUUCCUUUUUUUCCACUCUGACCUAUUCUGUGUGCUUUGUUCCCAGAGGAUCUGUUCACCCCCCCCCCCCCCCCUCUCUCUCUCCCUUUUGACUCCCCUUCUAUGUCAGCACCAUUCUGCUGUGUGAACUUGUGCUCGUCAUGUUCAUGGUCAUUAUUGUUCCCAGAGUUAAACUUCAACCCCCGCACCAUCUUGGUUACAGAGACCGAUGACAAAAAGGAAACAUGACAAAUCCAUUGAAACACACGGGAUGUAAGCAAACAUUACGUCAAAACUCUUCCAGACCUUAUCACUCUCCUCGUGUGCCUCUUUCUUUAUGAGCUUACGCACUACAUGAACAUGUGGGCUGCAGGAAGAAAGAUAAAUACACAUGAAUGGGAUUUGUAUGGUACACUGGAAAAGGAAUGCUUGGACAUUUCAAAUCAAUGUACAUUUCAAAUGAAGUACUGUUUAAAAUAAAUGGUGUAUGAUUGUUUGUAGCUUAUAAAACAAAAACACUGCUGUGUUGAGUUUAGUUCUUGCUGUUUGACUGACAUCUUUUUAAUUUGUAAUUAUUAUUUCAGUACUAGUCGUGCUUCAGAGUGAAGGACAGUAUACUGUUUGGGCAAUGUCUGCUGGUGCUUUAGAGGGAACGUACUGUAGGACUCCGUCUGUAAUCAGCAGAAAUGCUACAGAUUUCAAUAGUAACCUUUUUGACUUCAACUCGUAUAUGCAACGAUUGUUUAAGGAACACUGCCACAGCUUCCCAAAAAGUUCUACUGGUUGGGAUCUUUACUAAUUGUGUUUUAUUUACCCAAAGAUAAUUGAGAUCGAUGUUUACUGUACCCUCGAUGUGUUUCCAUUGGUUGGUUCAGUCUCACUGGUGGACUGAGGAGGCAGGAUGAGCACGUCACACAGUUAACAACAAACCUGAUAAUUAAUUGUUUAACAGACUGAGUUUAAAAGGAAUUCAUUGCAUAUUUUUUCACAUUGAUACAUUGAAAUGUGUUUUUUUGACAUCUUGGGUCAUAUCUUUCGGUCUCCCUGAAGCAGAAUAUAUUUGUCUGUGGUUACCUUUCUUCACACUGAAGAUUACUGUAGCUGUCUAAUAUUACUAAUCCUAAUAUUUCAACACACAAGCUUGUAAGUUAGUAAAUUGGGGAAUGGGAUAACACUACUUGUUCAUCAUUUGCUUCAUGUUCUUUAAUUGAAACACUAAGUAUAAUAAACAAUCAUCUAUUGUUGACAAUUAGGAGACGGUAUUACCACAAAAUAUCGGCAUGGUACUACAAAUGUAAUGUGUAAUGUAAUUUGUAUGCGUCAUUGUAUUUAUUAUGUUCAUUAUGUCUGUUAAUCUGUUGGAAUCGACACAUUUGUACCCUGAGACUUGUGUGCAAAUUACUCAAUUCAUGAGUGUGACGUUUUUGCAGAUGACACACUAAUGUGAGAAUACUCUGUAAUUGAUAUUUCUAAACUACCCGAUCAAACGUGGUUUAGUGUUCCAGGGUCAAACCUCUGACGUGAGAUGAAGAUAAUCCAGUAUAAUGAAUGUUUUACCGUGCUGAUCAGUUAAUGGGUUAGUCCUCCACCUUCUUGUCUCAUCUGUAUUUGCAUGGCAGGCAGCGAUCCAACGUUCAGGUGUGUGUGAACGCACUGAUGCUCCACUCUUGGCCUUCUGCUCGCAUGGACUGGCAUGACGCUAUGCUUACAGUUGAUUCACAUCUUGAUACUGGCUGAAGCAAAAAUCCAAAAUGUGGGUUUCCUUUUAAUUGUCUUAAAGACAAUUGAUUCAUGAUGAAAAGCAGAUAUAGGUUGUGUGAUUUGGUUGGCUUGUGUUUUACUGAGCUCGUAUCUGUCAGUGUGUCAAAUGGGUUUGUUUUAUUCUGACUGUAAGAGUCGCUCGGUUACACCUUGGCCUCACCUGCGGCUAAAAUUGCAGUUCCACUGAUCAGCUCCUGGUCUGUUUGAUCGUCGCACAGCAAUAUUAAAAAACAAUGUGACUCCUCUUUUCCAAACCUGCCCCUUUGAACAUCCCGAACCCCAACACUGAAAUGAAUGGCAAUAGGAUAUGUUUUGUUCCGUAAUUGUGAAACCAGUAAAUUGAGAAAAAAAAAAGGUGUGAUGAGCAUUUACAGUCACUCUUAUAGCAGUCUUUAGAUUGUUGCUGAGAAAAGAACCAAGAUUUAUAAAAUGAGAUAUUUUAUUUGUGUACAAUCAAUAUUUUCUAGUCUGAGCUGGUGUACUGUACUGUAUGAAUGAUUGCACAUAAUGAUAUUUAAGAUGAUAAAUGAAGUUGUGUCAUGGA